AUGCACCAUGUGUCGUACCAUGGCGAGGAUGUGCCCGUGCAUAUUAUUCUAGAGCGUCUUUCGCAGGGGCUUGAUGGUGUGUGUACACUUACUGUAUCCUUUACAGACUUGUACGAUACGGGGUGCCGCCGCUUCCUCGAAGGACUUGAUGAGUUCGCUGGGUGGCGAUGGCUUGAUCAGCGGUGGAUUGGGCCGGAUGAAAAGGAGGCAUCGCUUAUUGAUAUGCGUGAGCGCAUGCCCCUACUGCGAGGGAUUAGGUUUCUUGAUCUGUCCUCGAACCAGAUCACAACAUUCGAUAAAAGCGGCUUGCGCGCUGCGGUUGCAUACAACGGAACACUCUUGGUGCUCGAGCUGCAAGGAAACGAGCUGUGCAGUGGAACGUCGUCGCCCGCGUGUUUCGAAGAGAUUCGGCAGUUUGGUGCUGCCGUCGGAUGCUCGGUCCUGCGUACGCUCAACCUGACCGCGAACCAGUUGGGUGGUGCCGGCCUCGCCGCGUUUUUCGACGGACUGCCACGCACUGGCACGACAUUAAAAACACUGUACAUCUCUGUAAACGUAUUCGAUGCACCGGACACUGCUUCCAAUACAGGACUGGAUGCCGCGCGCAGUAUUGCGCGGUUUUUGCGUGAUCCUAAUGCGUGCCGCGGCUUGGAGCGUCUGCACUUGAACGGCAACCACUUUGGCUGGGCCGGCGUGCGCACGAUUGUGCACGCAGUGGUUGGAUCACACAUGGCAUGCACACUAGGGGAAGAGCUGUCAAGUUGCGCAUCGACGCACAUACAGCCGCCGAACCACUCGCUCCUGUACCUGGACCUCUUCUCCACAGGGAUCGAUACGCUGCAUAGCGUCAGCACGGUCGAUGAGGAGGACUGGGAACAGCAUUCGAUGCUCACUCCCUCCAAAUGGACCGAUGUGCUUGCACACCAACUUUUGGAAAACGAAUUGGCUCGCGAUGCAUGCCGACAAAGUGCACUUUCCGUGCUUGCGGGUGCGCGCAUUGUAGGCUGCCGCGCGACCGAUACAGGUGGGACAGGCUUCCCGAUGCUGCGUCUUCCCAUGGAACUUCGUGCAGUGGUGCUUAGCCACCUGGAUCAUACACAUACAUUGAAUCGUGCACAGUACACCAAUGUUUUGCGCUAUGCUUCUGCGCCUAGCACGAUCGGCUAUGGAUUGCGCCAGGUGUACUAUCCAAGAGACAGCACAACGGCCCAGCAGGUAGAGCAGACGCUGCCCGUACCUGCCUGGUCCUGGGACGAGUGCUUUGCGACGCGCUCCGCGCCGCGAAAUUGGUACAGCGAGUGGGUCGACGCGCAGGUUGAGUUCGGGAUGGGUGCGAACCAUGACGUAUCCGCACCACAUCAUCCGCCGGAUAUGUGUGCAUUCUGGGAAUGUACAGCUACAGACCAUGCGAUAGGGGAAUCAUGA